AGGGGUCAGAACCCUUGCAGCGCCCGGUGCCUGGCGGGAGCCGCCGGCGCGGGAUAUGGCGGAUGGCGUCCACGACGAGCAGCAGAAGCCCGAGAUCUGGCAGGACAGGGAGAUAAAGUUCGACCAGCAGCCCUCUGGGCUGAAGCUUCGCAAGGGCGAGGUCCAGGUCGACUCCAUCAAUUCCGUGGAGGACACCAAGGGGAACAACGGCGAGCGCGGCUACCUCAUCGUCACGAACUUGCGUCUCAUCUGGACGUCGUCCAAGUCCCCGCGGACAAACUUGAGCAUUGGCUUCAACUGCGUCUCCUCCGUGACCAUCAAGCAGGUGAACUCGAAGCUGCGGGGCAACAGCCAGGC